AUGUCUCAGCAGGAACCAAAACCAUCUCCGGUGGCGGCUGACAUGAAGCACCAAGAAAAUCCCCAGACCAUGAACGGAGAGGGUCAACUCCCGGCCGUAUCGGCAACCAAGAUAGCCGAGGACCUCUCUCGUGCCACCACCGACCAAGGAAGCCACCAGUCCUUCCGGGUCAUCAUCGUGGGUGGAGGACCGGGCGGCCUCCUGAUGGCACACAUGCUGUCCCGCGCUGGGAUCGACUGGACGCUGCUGGAGCGUAGGGAAGACGGCGGCCUGGUGCAGCCGGGAACUGCCCUUGCGCUGUGGCCGCAGGCGGCGCGCGUGCUCGACCAGCUCGGUCUCCUGGAGGAAGCCGAGAAGCUUUACAUACCGCUCGUGGGCAAGAUCAACUUUACCAAGGACGGAACUGUUGUGGGCACGUCCAACAUGAUUGAGAGGUUGGGUACCAACCAUGGCUAUCCCUGGAUGCUCUUUGAUCGUCAGGUUCUCAUGGAUUUCCUCUUCCGCCGCCUCCCAGAGCAAGAGACGCGCGUACAGCAUGGCAAGUGCGUCUCGUCGAUAGUGUCGACUCCUUCCGAGGCCCGCAUAACCUGCACCGACGGCACGGUCAUCCACGGCUCUCUCAUCAUCGGAUGCGAUGGUGUUCGCAGCGGCGUGCGGAGGGCGAUGCGCGACCCGGCGACAUUCCCCCAGGGUGGGUUACCCGUACCACGGCAGGGCAAAAAGGCAAAAGCCGUAAACGACGACGAAGACGAUGUCAUGAGUGCCGUCUUCACAGGCAUGGCCGGCCACUGCUCCCGACCCGAGGGGAUGGCUCCACAGACAGUCCACGAGAUGCACGACUGGGGCCUGGCGAUACUCUGCAUGGCCGGGGAUGAUGACGCCUACUUCUUUGUGUUCAAGCGACUACCAAAAAAGGACCCUAUAAGCCAUCGGCCGCGCGGAGACAGGACGUCAUCGCGCGAGGAGGACCUGGCAGCGCUGGCGGCCGAGGUGGCCGAGCGGCCCGUGGUGGCGGGCGGUGAGUUGCGGUUCCGCGACGUCUGGGCCGCGCGGACCAGGGCGACGCGGCUAGACUUUGAAGAGGGCUUCGCGGACGAGUGGCACCGGGGCAGGCUGGUGCUGGUUUCGGACGCGGCGGCCAAGAUGACACCUAACGCCGCCUUCAGCCUGGCCACAGGUGUGCAGGGCAUGGUGGACCUGACGAAUCGGCUCCGGCGGCUGCUGCUAUCGACGAGCCAGCCCUCUGGGGAGCAGCUCACGAACGAGGUCCUGGCGCCGUACCAAAAAGCCCGGCAGCCCAUGGCCAAGUUUGUCAAGGACUUUUCGGCCGGCUACACGCGGACGUCGUCGUGGUCCAACAAGGCGUGGAGGUUCGUCGACUGGCUGACGCCCAAGAUUGGGGGCGACGCCGCGAUGACCGACACAAUGGUUGCGUCCAUCGUGAAGCGGAGCAUCGUGCUCGACUUUGCCGAGGAGAAGGACUACCGGGUCGGCAAGAUGCCAUGGAAAGUCGGACGGAUGAAGGAGGCGCCCGAGAUGCUGACCAUGGGACCAAGGAAGAAAUCCUUCGCGAGCAGUGAUGAAGCACUUGGGUUGGCAUCCGCGCAAUGA